AUGGCCAUGCUGGCCACCAGAAAUUUAAUGACAGAGAACAGAGAAUUAAAGAUCUACAAUGCAGUGAGAAGAGGAGAAGAAACAGAAAAUACAGUUCGAGCUCUACUCCAUUUUUUCACAAAGCUCCCAGCCUCUGAGACAGCCCAUGGAAGGAUAAGCAUCGGUCCGUGCUUAAAGCAAUGUGUCCGAGACACUGUAUGUGAGUAUCGCGCCACCCUCCAAAGGACGUCAAUAUCGCAAUACAUCACCGGUUCUCUCCUAGAAGCAACCACCUCUUUGGGAGCAAGAAGUGGCCUUCUCAGUACUUUUGGAGGAUCCACUGGACGAAUGAUGCUGAAAGAACGCCAGCCAAGCCCCUCCAUGGCCAAUUCUAAUGCCCUCCCUUCAAGUUCAGCUGGGAUCAGCAAGGAGCUGAUUGAUCUGCAGCCUCUCAUCCAGUUCCCGGAGGAAGUCGCCAGCAUCCUGAUGGAACAGGAGCAGAGUAUUUACCGCAGGGUCUUGCCGGUCGACUACCUCUGCUUCUUAACCCGGGACUUGGGCACUCCCGAAUGCCAGAGGUCCCUGCCCUGCCUCAAAGCGUCCAUCUCAGCGUCAAUUCUUAGCACUCAGAACGGAGAACACAACGCCCUUGAAGAUCUGGUGGUCAGGUUUAAUGAGGUGAGCUCCUGGGUGACGUGGCUGAUCCUCACGGCGGGCUCCAUGGAGGAGAAGCGGGAAGUCUUUUCGUAUUUGGUGCAUGUGGCCAAAUGCUGCUGGAACAUGGGCAACUACAACGCUGUCAUGGAGUUCUUGGCUGGCCUCAGGUCAAGAAAAGUUUUAAAAAUGUGGCAGUUUAUGGACCAGUCUGAUAUUGAGACCAUGAGGAGCCUGAAGGAUGCUAUGGCCCAGCAUGAGUCCUCUUGUGAGUACAGAAAGGUGGUGACGCGUGCCCUGCACGUCCCUGGCUGUAAGGUGGUUCCGUUCUGUGGGGUGUUUCUGAAGGAGCUCUGUGAAGUGCUCGACGGCGCCUCCGGCCUCAUGAAGCUUUGCCCGCGGUACAAUUCCCGAGAAGAAACUUUAGAGUUUGUAGCAGAUUACAGUGGACAAGAUAAUUUCUUACAACGAGUGGGACAAAAUGGCUUAAAGAAUUCCGAGAAGGAGUCCACUGUCAACAGCAUCUUUCAGGUCAUUCGGAGCUGCAGCCGAAGUCUGGAGACAGAGGAGGAGGACAGCCCCAGUGAGGGGAACAGCUCCAGGAAAAGUUCCUUGAAGGACAAAACCCAAUGGCAGUUUAUAAUUGGAGAUUUGUUGGAUUCAGACAGUGACAUCUUUGAGCAAUCCAAAGAAUAUGACUCUCAUGGUUCAGAGGACUCACAGAAGGCCUUCGACCAUGGGACGGAGCUCAUCCCAUGGUACGUGCUGUCCAUCCAAGCCGACGUGCACCAGUUCCUGCUGCAGGGGGCCACGGUCAUCCACUACGACCAGGACACACACCUCUCUGCUCGCUGCUUCCUCCAGCUUCAGCCCGACAACAGCACCUUGACCUGGGUAAAGCCCACAACUGCCUCCCUAGCCAGCACUAAAGCAAAACUUGGCGUACUUAAUAACACAGCUGAGCCUGGAAAAUUCCCACUCCUGGGCAAUGCUGGGUUAAGUGGCCUGACAGAAGGGGUCUUGGAUCUUUUUGCAGUGAAGGCUGUAUACAUGGGCCACCCUGGCAUUGAUAUACACACUGUGUGUGUUCAGAACAAACUGGGUAACAUGUUUCUGUCAGAGACUGGCGUGACACUGCUCUAUGGGCUUCAGACCACAGACAAUAGAUUAUUGCACUUCAUGGCACCAAAGCACACAGCUAAAAUGCUCUUCAGCGGAUUGUUGGAACUCACUAGAGCUGUGAGAAAGAUGAGGAAAUUCCCUGACCAAAGACAGCAGUGGCUGCGGAAGCAGUACGUCAGCCUCUAUCAGGAGGAUGGACGGUAUGAAGGCCCAACUUUGGCUCAUGCUGUGGAGUUGUUUGGUGGCAGACGAUGGAGUACUCGAAACCCCAGCCCUGGAACAUCAGCAAAGAAUGUUGAGAAGCCCAAUAUGCAGAGAAACAACACACUGGGCAUAAGCACUACCAAGAAAAAGAAGAAAAUCCUCAUCAGGGGUGAAAGUGGAGAGGCAACUGACGACGAGAUGGCAACCCGAAAGACCAAGAUGCACAAAGAGUGUCGAAGCCGAAGUGGUUCUGAUCCCCAAGACGUUAAUGAACAAGAAGAAUCGGAGGCGAAUGCCAUCACCAUCCCUCCAAACUCCCUCCCUUCUAGAAGAGCACACUCUCUGACCACAACUGGGUCCCCCAACUUGGCUGCUGGGACGACGUCAUCUCCCAUCAGGCCAGUGUCCUCCCCUGUGCUGCCUUCUUCAAACAAGAGCCCGUCCAGUGCUUGGAGCAGUAGUAGCUGGCAUGGGCGGAUCAAAGGCGGCAUGAAGGGAUUUCAGAACUUCAUGGUUUCCGACAGCAACAUGAGUUUUGUUGAAUUUGUUGAGCUGUUCAAAUCAUUCAGUGUCCGGAGCCGCAAGGACCUGAAGGAUCUGUUUGAUGUCUAUGCAGUGCCCUGCAACCGAUCUGGCUCUGAGUCAGCCCCACUCUACACCAACCUCACAAUUGAUGAAAACACCAGCGAUCUUCAGCCUGACCUAGAUCUGUUGACCAGAAAUGUUUCGGAUUUGGGAUUGUUCAUUAAGAGUAAACAGCAGCUGUCGGACAACCAGAGGCAGAUAUCUGAUGCCAUAGCCGCUGCAAGUAUCGUGACAAAUGGCACUGGGAUUGAGAGCACAUCUCUGGGCAUUUUCGGGGUGGGCAUACUUCAGCUCAACGAUUUCCUCGUGAAUUGCCAAGGAGAGCACUGCACUUAUGAUGAAAUCCUCAGCAUCAUCCAGAAGUUUGAGCCUAGCAUCAGUAUGUGUCAUCAGGGACUGAUGUCAUUUGAAGGGUUUGCAAGGUUUCUGAUGGAUAAAGAAAAUUUUGCCUCAAAAAAUGAUGAGUCACAGGAGAACGUCAAAGAACUGCAGCUACCCCUCUCAUACUAUUACAUUGAGUCUUCACACAAUACCUACCUCACGGGCCAUCAGCUCAAAGGAGAAUCCUCAGUGGAACUCUAUAGCCAGGUCCUCUUGCAAGGCUGUCGAAGUGUAGAAUUGGACUGCUGGGACGGAGACGAUGGGAUGCCCAUCAUUUAUCAUGGACAUACACUGACAACCAAGAUCCCCUUCAAGGAAGUGGUUGAAGCCAUUGAUCGAAGUGCCUUCAUCAACUCUGACCUGCCAAUCAUCAUAUCGAUUGAGAACCACUGUUCAUUGCCUCAGCAACGAAAAAUGGCAGAAAUUUUCAAGACUGUGUUUGGAGAAAAGCUGGUGACUAAAUUCUUAUUUGAGACUGAUUUCUCAGAUGAUCCAAUGCUUCCUUCACCUGACCAACUCAGAAGGAAAGUGCUUCUUAAAAACAAGAAGCUAAAAGCCCAUCAGACGCCAGUGGAUAUCUUAAAGCAAAAGGCUCAUCAGUUAGCAUCUAUGCAAGCACAGGCUUAUAAUGGUGGGAAUGCCAACCCCCCACCUGCCAAUAAUGAGGAAGAGGAAGAUGAGGAGGACGAAUAUGAUUAUGACUAUGAAUCCCUUUCUGAUGACAACAUUCUAGAAGACAGACCUGAAAAUAAAUCAUGUAAUGACAAGCUUCAGUUUGAGUAUAAUGAAGAAAUCCCGAAGAGGAUAAAGAAAGCAGAUAACUCAGCUUGCAACAAAGGAAAGGUUUAUGAUAUGGAACUGGGAGAAGAAUUUUAUCUUGCUCAGAAUAAAAAGGAAAGCAGACAGAUUGCACCAGAGCUUUCGGACCUUGUAAUCUAUUGUCAAGCAGUAAAAUUUCCAGGCCUGUCAACUCUAAAUGCAUCUGGCUCUAGCAGAGGAAAAGAAAGAAAAAGCAGGAAGUCCAUUUUUGGCAACAAUCCGGGCAGAAUGAGCCCAGGGGAGACAGGAUCAUUUAACAAAACAUCUGGAAAAAGUUCCUGUGAAGGAAUUCGACAGACCUGGGAGGAAUCUUCUUCCCCUCUCAACCCAACCACCUCCCUCAGCGCGAUCAUUAGAACUCCCAAAUGUUAUCAUAUCUCGUCGCUGAAUGAAAAUGCUGCCAAACGUCUAUGUCGCAGGUAUUCUCAGAAACUGAUCCAGCACACCGCCUGUCAGCUGCUAAGAACUUACCCUGCUGCCACUCGCAUCGACUCCUCCAACCCGAACCCCCUCAUGUUCUGGCUCCACGGGAUACAGCUCGUGGCACUCAACUACCAGACCGAUGAUCUCCCUUUACAUUUAAAUGCUGCAAUGUUUGAAGCAAAUGGUGGUUGUGGUUAUGUUUUGAAGCCUCCAGUUCUGUGGGACAAGAAUUGUCCCAUGUAUCAGAAGUUUUCUCCACUGGAAAGAGAUCUGGACAACAUGGACCCUGCAGUCUAUUCUUUAACCAUUGUCUCUGGUCAGAACGUGUGCCCCGGGAACAGCACAGGAAGCCCGUGCAUUGAAGUCGAUGUCCUGGGCAUACCUCUGGACAGCUGCCAUUUCCGCACGAAGCCCAUCCAUCGAAACACCCUGAACCCCAUGUGGAACGAGCAGUUUCUGUUCCGCAUUCUCUUCGAAGAUCUUGUAUUUCUUCGUUUCGCAGUUGUGGAAAACAACAGUUCAGCGGUAACAGCGCAGAGAAUCAUUCCACUGAAAGCUUUAAAACGAGGAUAUCGACAUCUUCAGCUGCGAAACCUUCACAAUGAAGUCUUGGAAAUCUCUAGUUUAUUCAUUAACAGCAGAAGGAUGGAAGAAAAUUCCUCUGGCAGUACCAUGUCAGCCUCUUCGAUGUUUAAUACAGAAGAAAGAAAAUAUUUGCAGACUCACAGAGUCACGGUACAUGGAGUCCCAGGGCCAGAGCCCUUUACCGUUUUCACUAUUAAUGGAGGCACCAAGGCAAAGCAGCUUCUGCAGCAGAUUCUGACAACUGAACAAGACAUCAAACCUGUUGCCACAGACUAUUUUUUGAUGGAAGAAAAAUAUUUUAUAUCUAAAGAAAAGAAUGAAUGCAGGAAACAACCAUUUCAGAGAACCAUUGGUCCAGAAGAAGAGAUCAUGCAAAUUUUAAGCAGCUGGUUUCCAGAAGAGGGAUACGUGGGCAGGAUUGUCUUAAAAACUCAGCAGGAAAACCUAGAAGAGAAAAACAUUUUUCAAGAUGACAAAGUGGUGAUCUUGAGCUCAGAGGACGAGAGUUUCUUUGUCCAAGUGCAUGAUGUUUCUCCAGAGCAACCUCGAACAGUCAUCAAAGCACCCCGCCUCAGCACUGCACAGGAUGUCAUUCAGCAGACCUUAUGCAAAGCCAAAUAUUCCUAUAGCAUUCUGAGCAACCCCAAUCCAAGUGACUAUGUGCUUUUGGAAGAGGUGAUGAAAGACGCUACCAACAAGAAGUCUACCACACUAAAGUCCUCUCAGCGGGUCCUUCUGGAUCAGGAAUGUGUGUUUCAAGCCCAAAGCAAGUGGAAAGGUGCAGGAAAAUUCAUCCUUAAGCUAAAGGAGCAGGUGCAGGCAUCUCGAGAAGAUAAAAAGAAAGGCAUUUCUUUUGCAAGUGAACUCAAGAAGCUCACCAAGUCAACUAAACAGCCCCGAGGACUUACAGCACCUUCUCAGCUCUUGGCCUCAGAAAGUAUCCAAAACAAGGAGGAGAAACCUGUGGGUGGUUUGUCCUCCAGUGACACAAUGGAUUACCGACAGUGACUAAGGGCAGCAUAUUUAACCCAGGUGAAGAUCUUUCAGCAAGAAGUUAAAGAGUGAACAUUGUGGAAAAAAAAAUCAUUUACUUACUUUCAUUUGACUAAACUGGAAAUUGAUGAUUUCUGAACUGAAGCCUUCACACAUGUGAGAUCCAUGCUGAGGAGAAGCAAAAUGGCAUAGGGCUAGUUGCCACCAACCAAUUUACUGAUGAAUGUUGCAAUGAAGCCCAGGAGACUGCCAUUUUAUAAAUGUCAGCAGGUGGAAAAAUCAUCAUUAAUUGACUUAGAGCAAGGGUCAGCAAGCUUGUCUGUAAAGGGCCAAAUCGUAAAUAUUUUAAGGCUGGGGGCCAUAAAAUAUGUUGCAACUACUCUGCCACUGUAGUACAAAUGCAGCCACAAACCAUACAUACAUGAAUGAAUGUGGCUGUAUUCCAAUAAAACUUUAUGGACACUGAAA